CUUCCCAUAACCAGCAGGCCGAGAAUGUCUUAAAAAGAGGAGCAAGAUCCACGCUGGGGGGGGGUUCUGCUUCUGCUCACACGGACUAUUUCUGGAAACAGACUCCCCAGGUAACAUGUUGACUGCCCCAAAGCUGCAUUUUAGCAUCUUCCUCCUGUUGUGGGGAUGGGUUUUGUGCGCUGAAUGCAGAGGCCACCGACAAGGGAGAGAAAUCCACGAGGGGUACAAAAAAGGCAGCCGGCCGCAGCGGCAGAGGCGGGAGGCCCACGGCGAGGCGCACAAGCAGGGCAGCCCAAUCCUGAAACGAAGCCCUGACAUCACCAAAUCUCCCCUGACAAAGUCCGAGCAGCUGCUGCGAAUAGACGACCACGACUUCAGCAUGCGGCCAGGCUUCGGAGGCCCUGCAAUUCCUGUUGGAGUGGAUGUCCAAGUUGAAAGUCUGGACAGCAUUUCUGAAGUGGACAUGGAUUUCACCAUGACGCUGUACCUGAGGCACUACUGGAAGGAUGAGAGGCUCUCCUUCCCCAGCACCAACAACCAGAGCAUGACCUUCGAUGGCAGGCUGGUGAAGAAGAUCUGGGUCCCAGACAUGUUCUUUGUCCAUUCCAAGCGUUCCUUCAUCCAUGACACUACCACAGACAACGUCAUGCUGCGGGUCCAGCCAGAUGGGAAGGUACUUUAUAGCCUCAGAGUUACAGUGACAGCAAUGUGCAAUAUGGAUUUUAGUCGCUUCCCCCUGGACACACAGACUUGUUCCCUGGAGAUUGAAAGCUAUGCCUACACUGAAGAUGACCUCAUGCUCUACUGGAAGAAUGGGAAUGAUUCCCUAAAAACAGACGAGAGGAUAUCGCUGUCCCAGUUCCUGAUCCAGGAGUUCCACACCACCACAAAGCUCGCCUUUUACAGCAGCACAGGGUGGUACAAUCGCCUCUACAUCAACUUCACCUUACGCCGACACAUCUUCUUCUUCUUGCUCCAAACCUACUUCCCUGCCACCCUCAUGGUCAUGCUCUCCUGGGUGUCCUUCUGGAUCGAUCGCCGAGCAGUCCCUGCCAGAGUCCCCUUAGGGAUAACCACUGUGCUGACCAUGUCCACCAUCAUCACCGGGGUGAACGCCUCCAUGCCUCGCGUCUCCUACAUCAAAGCAGUGGACAUCUACCUGUGGGUCAGCUUCGUCUUCGUCUUCCUCUCGGUCCUGGAGUAUGCAGCAGUCAAUUACCUGACGACGGUGCAGGAGCGGAAGGAGAGGAAGCUGCGGGACAAGAUCCCCUGCGCCUGCAGCCUCCCCCAGCCGCGGGCCAUGAUGCUGGACGGCAGCUACAACGACGGGGACGUGAACGAGCUGGGGCACUACCUGUCUGAGAGCGGGGACAAGCAGGACCGGCUGAUGGUGCAGCUGGCGCUGGGCAGCGAGAGGGGCGCGGGCAGGAGGAAAGCCCAGCGGUACGUCAGCAUGCGCAUCGACACCCACGCCAUCGACAAGUACUCCAGGAUCAUCUUCCCGGGAGCAUACAUCCUCUUCAAUCUGAUAUACUGGUCCAUCUUCUCCUAACUGCCAGCCUCUCCCCCGGCCGCACAGCACCGGGGCGUUCCAAGUCACAGUCAUAGGCUGGCAGAAAGAGAACAGGCAAUUGGUCUAGCUGGAAGAUGCAGGUCUGGGGGGGCUUGUCUGGGGGGUUAACUGGAAGACUGAGGUUUGGGUGGGUUAUUAUGGGCUUUAGUUGGUUUUUUGAUUAGCUGCAAAACUCAUCUGUGGCAUAAAUAACUGUGCAGGUGUCACACUUCAGCAGAAGUAGAGGGUACACAAAGUCAACUUUGAUACUUACCUGAAGCUGUGCUAUGUUCCUUCUUGUGCCUCACGGGCCACUGGAAACUAUUUAACAGGUGACUACAAUUGCCAGUUGCUUUUAUAUACAUAUAUAUGUAUCUACACACACAUAUAUACACUCACACACACACACAUGUACACAUAUACACUCACACACACACACACAUAUAAACACACACACAUAUAUAUAUACACACAUAUAAACACACACAUGUACACAUAUACACUCACACACACACACACAUAUAAACACACACACAUAUAUAUAUACACACAUAUAAACACACACAUGUACACAUAUAUACUCACACACACACACAUAUAUAUACACACACAUAUAAACACACACACAUGUACAUAUAUAUACUCACACACACAUAUAUAUACACACAUACAUAUAUAUAUACACACACAUAUAAACACACACACAUAUACAUAUAUACACAGCCAUAUAUACAUACACACACAUAUGUACACUCAAACACACGCAUAUACACAUAUGUACACUCAUGCACAUGUAUAUACACACAUAUGUACAUUUAAACAUACAUAUAUAUACACAUAUACACACAUAUGUACACUUAAAACACAUAUAUACACACACAUGUGCACACUUAAAAACAUAUAUACACACAUAUGUACACUUAAAACACAUAUAUACACACACAUGUGUACACUUAAAAACAUAUAUACACACAUAUGUACACUUAAAACACAUAUAGACACACAUGUGUACACUUAAAAACAUAUAUACACACAUAUGUACACUUAAAACACAUAUAGACACACAUGUGUACACUUAAAAACAUAUAUAUACACAUAUGUACACUUAAAACACAUAUAGACACACAUAUGUACACUUAAACACACAUAUAUAUACACACAUACACGCAUAUGUACACUCACACACACAUAUACACACACAUAUGUACACUUAAAACCACAUAUAUACACACAAAUGUACACUCAUAGACACACAUAUGUACACUCACACACAUAUACACACACGUAUGUACACUUAAACAUACAUAUAUAUACACAAACAUAUACACACAUAUGUACACUCACACAUAUAUACACAUAUAUAUACACUUAAACAUAUAUAUACACACAUAUGUACACUCGCACGCAUAUAUAUACACACAUAUGUACCCUCACACACAUAGACACACACAUCUAUACACACAUAUGAACACUUGCACACACACACACACAUAUAUAUACACAUACAUACAUAUAUAUGUGUGUGUGUGUGUGUGUAUAUAUAUACACACACAUAAAAAUGGUGCAUGCUCCAUGUUGUGCCCCUGAAGCCUCGUUCUUGGAGCACACCUCGGCAGACUCAGCACUACAGCAGCAAGCAGAAGAAUGUGCCACUUCUUGCAGCUCUGCAGGAUGAGGUUGGAAAUAAGCAGAAACACAAAACACAAGUCACGAGAAACACUUUGGCAAGGUUAUUGGUGACUGCAGCACUGCACUGACAGCUCCACCUAGGAGUGCUUCAGACUUGUGCUGUCUUGAUCAAGGAAAUAUUUCCAGGCUGUUUUGGCUAUCUUCUUAAAACUUGGCUUGCAGUGGAUAUUUAUCAGCGAAUGAACAAACCCCCAAUGCUAACCAAAGCCUCUGGGAAGCACAGGAGCCCUCUUUGAGUCUGUUUAUUCGCAGAAUCAGAACCAUUCCAGUUGGAAAGGGCCCUCAGGAUCACCAAGUCCAACCCAGAACCCCACUCUAAAAGGUGCACCCUAAACCAUAGCCCCAAGCAUCACAUCCAAACCACCUUUAAACACAUCUAGGGUUGGUGACUCCACCACCUCCCUGGGCAGCCCAUUCCAAGGCCUGAACACUCUUGCUGUGAAAGAUUUUUUCCUCGUGUCCAGUUUAAACCUACUCAGUGGCAGCUUGAGGCCAUUCCCUCUUAUUCUCUCACUAAGUCCCUGUGAGCAGAGACCAGCACCAACCUUUCCACAAUGUCCUUUCGGGUAGCUGCAGCCAGCCAUGAGGUGUGCCCUCAGCCUUUGUUUCAAACUAAACAGCUCCAGCUCCUUCAGUUGAUGCUUGAGGUCCUUUCCAGUCCUGACAAUUCUGUGUUUCUCCAGGAGAUUUUUUUUCCCAAGAGUUAACAAAACCCAAACAUCCAAACAAACCCAACCUAUUUUCUUAGGCCAGAAACAUUUCAGACAGAGGAAGGCAGAAAAGGUGAUGCUAGAACAAGCAGCUGAUAGGGAGGGCAUAGAUUGGUUUAGGUUGGAAGGGACCUCAAAGCUCAUCCAGUUCCAACCUCUUGCCAUGGGCAGGGACACCUCCCACUUAGAACAGUUCACUCAAGGCCACCAGGUUUGGCCUCUCUAUUCUUUAUUCCAACAACAUAUUGCCCCCCUCUUAUGGGUCCAAGAUUUCUUGGGCCCUCCUCGCACAGGAAUGAUUUAGAGUCCCUUAUUGUACCAACCCAUCUAUUUCUACAGUUUUAAGGACAGCACAAAGAGGAGUGCCAGAUUUCCUAGUAAGCUCUCCAGCUUCCUAAGAAGCUUACUGCUGUGUCGCUUGCUGCAGCACUGCACAUCCCCUUUCUAGACUCAUUAAUCUCAUACUUACAUACAUUUAUCAGCAUCUGACCAGUAAUACUAAGGGAGCUUUGGAGGUAGAAAUGGGAGCUGGACUUUUGAACGCUCUGGCUAUUCAGUGGGAGACUGGUUUCUAGCUUCCCAUGGGAUUUUCAGUGCUGUCCUCCCAGCACAUCUCCCAGCCUCCACGGUUGGUUUGGCAUUGCUGAUUUGCUUUCUUUGGGAAACUCUAGUGCCUUUUCAGUCUCAUGUAAAUGUGUAUAUAGAUGCAGUCUCCAAGUACAGGAGAUGUCACACACAGUCAGUUUGCUACCAGCACCUGGACUCAUUAAACACUCACACACACACACUGGGUUUUGGCUUUUAACCUGUCAGUGUCUGGGGUGUGCAUCAGAUUUAUUCACAUUCUGCUCCAUUCCAUUUCCACAAUAAAACAGAGUGAUUGGUUUGGUUUGGUUUGUUUCUAGAAACAACUCAGCAUCACAAUAAAAGUUCACAUUUGUACA